GAAUCCAGAGGAAUUCCAGGAUAAAGAACAAGCCUUGAGAUGGGGACAACGAAUACCCUAUGCAGUGGAUAUCUUAGUCGCCGGAAAGGUCCAUAUAUAAUCACUGAUAAAUUAUCUCCUGUGGUUUAUAAAGUUAAAAUUCCUAAGGGGGAUGAUUUUGUUGAAAAAUGGGUGCACAUUAACCAAUUACGUGUUUGUCAUCCUAGCCAACAGCUUCGGAGAAUAGAGCAAGUCGAGAGCUGAGUAGUAAGAAAUCAAGAGAUUUUAGUUAAAGAUAGAAGUAGAGAUUAAUAUUGUAUAUAGAUGUUGUAUCAUGAUAUGCCUAUGUCUCUCUCAACCUUCUAAAUAUCCUUUAUCUUCUCAGUGAACUGAAACUUGCUAAGUAUAUAUGACGGCUGAACCUAAUGAUUUCUUUUGAUUAUCUAUAGGUACAAAGAUGCCAUCCAAGAUGAUCGCUAUUUUAUAUGCAGUCCUGAUCUUGGGGAAAGAGUUACACGCUGAGCUGAUUGUGAUGCCGGGUCCAUCAUCCGGGAUCAUGCUACAGGAUACAGCGGGAUUCAUCAUGACCAACAAGAGAAUCUUGUCCCAGAAGAUUUAUAUGAGCCUAGAUCCACGUUGUGUCAUCGAAAGACAAGUCAACGUAUCCAAUAUUCGAUCACCGGAGAUUCAAACAUGGUACCAGCUGCAUAUUGAAUAUUCACAAAAGUGGAUUACUCAAAUCCUGGAGCAAACCCGGAAAACUUUAAUCAGAGAGCCUUUUUCGUCAAACCAAAGACCAAAACGGUUUAUUUCUGCUGUUGUUGCUGCUAUAAUCUUUGCAGUAGUAGGAAAUGUGUUUGCAACCGGAGUAACAAUCGCUAAUUCCAUAUCCCUUAAAACCAUGGAAUCUGAGAUUAAUUCAUUAAAAACUAAUUUACAACAUAUUCAUGUGGAGAUGGAAAGACAAAAGAAAGAUUUAACAGACUUGUAUACCGUUGUGGAAGACACUGUCAUUGCUACGAACUUGCACUCUAAAUUAUUAAACCACUCGAUAAAUCUUCACCAAAGUCAUGAACUGUUUAAACAAGAACUGAUUUUGCUAAAGGAGCGUAUCGACUUUCAACUUCAAGUUUUCCAUGACGAGGUGCAAAGUGGAAUGCAAGACCUGAGAGAAGGGCGAAUUCCUCUCUAUUUUGUAUCAUACGAGAUUAUUCGCAAGAUGUUACAAAAUGCAGAUGGAGAUAAAGUAGAGGAUAUCCAAAUGAACUUAGCGUUUAAUAUGGGAGUUGCCAUACCAUUAUACAUUGAUCCUGUUAAAAUGGAAAUCUGCUUUUUACUAUCAAUUCCAGUGGUCAAUAGGAACAAUAUAUUUCAAAUGAAAAAAAUCCACAAUGUAGGUACAUGGAGAGAUAAUAUUCAUGUUAAGAUCCAAACCCCUGAUAUCGUGGCAUAUCAAUCUUGGAGACCGGACUGGCUAUCUGUUCCUAUUCUAAAUAAUUGUGCAAUUUUUAGAGAUAAUAACUUUCAAUGUGAAGGUGACCCAUUUAAUUAUGAUACAACUAAUGCUUUGUGCGGACUUGACUUUGAGAAACAUGGAUCAGAAAAAUGCCAGGUAACUUUGUCUAAAAUCGAGGAGAAAGAUUGGGUGAAUGCAGUUUUAAUAAAAGACAAAUGGCUCGUUAGUACUCGUUUACCUGACCUAACUGUUUUUUCUAAGGACCACAUUAUGGCAAAAAUUAUUGCUAUACCAACUCAUGUAUCGAUUAUCAAAGUACCCCCUAAUUCCAGAGUUGUAAUUGGAAAUCGCACAUUAUAUCCUGUGAACAUUGAAGACAUUGAAGGAGAGGUGGAAAGCAUUGAUGCAUUCCAAAAUCAGGAAAUUACCAUAAGUCCGGAUUUAAAAUUUUUGUUGGACAAUAAGCCCAGCCAUACCAUCCGUAUGGUUAUAAAAAAACAUAAUAUUACCAUGGAUACUCCACAAUUUUCACCAACUGAUGACGAAAUACUGUUUCCUUCUGUUUGGUCAUGGUGGGAAAACUAUAUAUGGAGUAUAUUGAUCACAAUUAUAGUAGGAUGGUUAACUGUAAUCACCAUCUUAGCAAUUCAUUGGAUAAAGAUCAUCAAAAAGACUCUAGAUAAACUAUGGCUUAAAUCUCGCCGAUCAAGUUUACAUAAUGAGUAUGAUGAAGGAAGAGUUUGAAAACCCUAAGUAAUUUUCCUAAAAUGUUCAUAUUAUAGGAAACAUUUUAGAAAAACAAGGGGGAUUUGUCGGAUUUUCAGAUAAGAUAAUUAUUAAUUACAAGAAUAUUCUGAUU